AUGAGACCGAAUCUUCGUUACUUUCUACAAUCGGCCAAGGUAGCCACCGCCGGAGGCGCAAUUGGACUGGGCUCAUUCUUUAUUUACACCCGGAAGGCGGAAUUCACUUCUAUCGCCGAAUCGGAUCCUAUCUUCAAGCUUGCCGAAGAUAGGGGUUGGAAUCCAUAUCGUAACCCGACGACUCACGAUUUUUACGUGCGACGCGUCUCGCUGAGUGAUAUUCGUCCUGAGCUUCGGGAUUCGCCUACUGAGUUGGCAAAGACUUUUUGUGCUGGGGUUUGGAGUGAUUGGGGUAAUAUUUUCAGUCUUGGUAUUUUUCUUGUCGGUUAUAUGGAUUGUUUAGCUAACACGUUUCAAUUCUUGGAUGGUGUAGGAUUCUCAAUUCAACGAGCCCUGUUGAGAGGGGCGCGGAAUGACUCGAAUCAAGAUCACCUUUGGACUAUUGAGGACAUGCUGUCUUCCGACUACAGUGAAGGUACACUGAUAGCCGAUUCUUUCGAGGUAUUAGAAAAGAAAGAUGGCCGGAUAGUGGUUCGCGGUGGGGAUUCUCCGUCAAACAAAGCGCUCCGUCCGUUUGACGUGAUUUUAGAAUUGUCCGCCGUUAUUCAGGAGGAUGAGCAAGCGGUUGAUUUUGGAUUCAAAUCUGUUUUUUUCACGGGAGAUAAGCAUAGUGGGCAGCCUCCAAUGCCGGGAUUUGCGGUUUGGUUGCAUUUACAGUAUGCCAAGUUGCUGCUCGAGACUGGGAUCUUGAAUACAAUGGUGCGGUGA